CUAGGUAGGUACCUAACCCAGCUAAUCCAGACAGCCCAGAGGCUAGAGUUGGCACCUAAGCAGGUAAGGGUAUAGGUACCUUAUGUAACUAACAGCUUUCUCUUCUAUUUACCCUCUAUUCAACAAAAACCCUCCAGUGAUAACAACCUUAGGUACCCAACCUCACAAGGUUCCCGGUCCUUCUAUAAACGAAAUCAUGUAUAUAGCACCGUAAAAAUGAUGUCAAUUCCUUCUGCGCCGCGCAUCGUACUCCUCGCUACCCACCUGGCUGCCAAGUCUGACAUCGAGAGCUUGACUGCGCUCGCCGCUGAGCACGACAAGGUCCUGCGACAGGACUUGUUACUCCGAAUACUAUUAACAUGUCUACCCGAGACCGUGCCGCCUAGCCAAUAUGUCUCCCUCAUCCAACGUCUCGAGUCGGGGGACUUGGAAACGGAUGUCGAACAGCGAGAGGUGGAUUGGUCUUCGGUAGAAGAUUUAACAGACGAAGAGGCAGCAAAGAAGGUUCGCAAGUUACGACUGCUUCCUCUUGCGUGGGAGGGUGCGCCUAAGGAUGAAUCUGAAGAUUUCAUAUCCCUUUUCUUAAUCCAUCGCGCGCGCCGAGUCGACGAAGAGGCUGGUUUACUUGCCCAGUUGCCCGAUCUAAUAGUACCAUUCCUCGACCAUGCGCCCGCUAUUCGAACAUGGAUGGUUUCUGUUCUACUUCCCCUUCUUCGACGGAAUCACGAAUAUUACCCACACCACCCGACCGCUCAGAGUUUGUCUACCUUCGAGCGUAUGAGCGACGAAGCCGCAGUUGAGUUGCUCCUGUCGCAAACCGGCGCAAACCAAGACGACCUUCCUUACAUCGGAAGGGACCUUCGCGGCCUGAUAGGACCAUGGCUAUAUAAUGACGUGAGGUGGGCACGCGGCGAUGAAAAAAAGCCUUCUUCCGAACAGGACCCAUCCGCACCCUAUACUCUUUGUCCGGGAUGGGAACAUGUUCUUGAGUGGAUCACUACGCAAGCUUCCAAAUCAUGGGGAGUGGCAGUGAGAGCUAUAGAUCAGUGGGAUGGCCCAGGUGAUGUGGACCUGGGUGGCUACGCUUCUAUGUGGUUAGAAGACGAUGAGCAGGAGCAUCUAGAGCAGAGAUACGCUCGUGCUGCGUUAGCUUCGGCAUAUCUGAUACCAGAAGCUUCAGUCGAAGCAUUGACCGGCGUCAAUAGCAUCGUCACGAAGAUUAUGGCCUUAUUAGACCAAGAUCCCUGUCCUACAUUACAAGUUGCUUCAUCUUUGCUUCCACCUUACACCGAUCCUAAUGGAGAACAACUUCUCUUGGCCAAAAACACUACAUACAUGCGCAAUGAUUUACUCGCCGAAUCAAAUCCUCUUACUGCGCCAAAUGAAACGUCUACACAAUUAUUACAUAUCCUAACUCUCAGCGCCUUUAUCCUAACCAAAGCCGGUGCCCCUUGUACUGUCCGGAAAGCAGGAGAACUUGCUUUUCUGAAAGACGAACGGGAGCAGAAGGCGAUGGCUACAACAUUUAUCAACAAACUAAGCGAAAAUGGACCUAAGAGCGAUGAUAAGUACUGGAUUAGGACAAGAAAUGAGCUUUUAUGGCUUCGAGAUUGGGGCGCAGAAGAAGCUCAAGCCUUCCCUGAUGCUCAGGUUCAAGGAGUCUUUAGUCAAUUAAAAAAGGAGUUCCUCGAGGUUAAAUGUCUUAAGGCGUUCCUUAAUAAUACACGCUACUCCCUGGCAAGGUCUAUAUACGAAGAUGCGCCUGAGAAGCCACUUGACAGCGACCUACUACGGGAUACUAUUGUUGCUUGCGCGAUGAAAGCCUAUGACAGCGCGUCUAAUCUUCACCGCGGCCGUGGCGGUCUCUUGAAAUGCGAUGAUAUAAUACACGCAUUUCCUCAAACCUUGCCAGAGACUCAUCCGGAGUCUAAAAAGAUCGAGGCUCUCUUAAGAACUACGCAUGCACUCAACGAAUACCGACUGACCCUGAAAAAAGGAGAGCCCUUUAUACCAAUUAUGCUUCGGGUCCACCCUGAUCCCAUCUCGUUAAUUGGAAAAGUUUUGGAACAGAACCCUAAGAGCUACACACGGGUACAAGACUUUCUCGAGAUCGGGACCAAUAUGAUUGAUGCCGGCCUGUUGACUAAUACCAAAGCUGGGCAGACGAACUCGACAGUAGACCAAGCAGCGCAGCGAUCAGUGAUUGAAAAACGAAUUAUAGCUAUGUGCGUGGAUGCCGCGCUCACAGAAGAUGACUUUGAGACGGCAUAUUCGUACGUUGUCAACCGAUUAGCCGCAGACAACAGGACCCCUGCAAAAUUAGGUGCUGCAAAAUCCAACACGGCACCAAUAGUAGAUGACUAUUCAUGGAAGGCUGCGCUACAAGCGGGUAAAUACCGCCGAACAGCACGCACCAUCAAACCCACGCAUAUCGGGACAGCCAGCGGCAACCUCGACAUCCGACACCUGGAGCAGCGAAUAGAGUGUCUCGCGACCGCGCUCCGCAUCGCGCCCCCCGCGACUCUGCAGGAGAUCCUAAACGUGUUCCGUAAGUGCGAGGAAGAGCUCAACGCGGCGGCCAAAGCGGAAGAAGAACAAGCAUCGGCGUGGGACGACAAGGGCGACGUGGAGGUCAUGCCCGGCGCUUUCAGCGCUACCGUGCCGGCGGGCGUUGUAAGGAACGCCAGCAAGCCGUCGUCUUCGCGCCACGUCGAAGAGGCGCCUAUGUCGCUGUUCGACCUGUCGCGCGCUAGCAUGGCCAGAGCACAGCGUAAUCUUACGGCGCUGUCUAGCUUGCGGCGCAGUGAGAAUGCUAGGUCAGAUGAGACGCGCGGAGAGACGGGAGAGCCGCGGGCUAGGAAGAGGGAUCAGUUGAGGGAUGUGGCGGUUGGGACGUUGGCAUCAGGCGUAGGAUGGUUGAUUGGCGCGCAACCUGUGGAUAGGGCUGGCGAGAAGAGCUAGAUGUGACAACGAGGAGAAUGAAAUAUAUGCGGAUAUUGCUUGGGUGGUUCUGCCAUUGCGGCAUGAGGAAGAUGAUA